AAUUCAGUAGCCCUGUAAAACUUGAAGGCGUCACACCAAAAAAAUAUCUACAACAAAAAAGAAUUUUAAAGAAGCUUGAACCAAAAUAAAUUCUUAAAAUGUCUUGCUUAACCCUUAAACGCUCUCGUCGCUUUGAGGAUGAAUCGCCAGAUAAAUAUUCCCUUAAGCGAACUCGAAAGCUCAGAAAAUGCCAUGGAAUAGCCAAGCGGUCGCAGGCCAUGGAUGUGGAAGUUGCAGACAUCUAUCCCGCAAAGCGACAGUGCAAAUAUGCUCUCGAAACCAACGCAGAAAAACUUAUCCCUCAUCAGAGUCCACCGAAGGAGGACUCCUCCAAUCAAAAGGAACCAAUACUUUUUACAUUCAAUCAAUUGCAGGCCAUGUGCUCUAACAUGAUCAAUCAAAAUGAAAAGGAGCUCAGGGACUAUUACGAGUGGCAGCUGACCGAACAUAUGACUGCACAAUAUGACAUUUUCAUUAAGUUCACACACGAUCAAAUGCAAGGAGGAGGUUUAGUAAAAAAUUCAAGCUAUCUCUCAUAAAAAAUGUUAAAUAUAUUAAUGUUAAAGUUUUGUUCAAGAGUUAAAAUAAUUAAUGUUAAAAUAAAAUUAAA